GAGUUCAAGAAGCAGUUGGACGACCCGCUCGUUAAGGCGUACUUCUCCGGAUUGGACAUUGAUCCCUCCGAGGCCUCGAUCAUCUUUGCGAUCCUCGACGCAGAUAAGAGCGAUGAGCUGAAGAUUGACGAGUUUGUGAACGGCACCAUGAAGCUGAAAGGAGCCGCCACGAAGUUGGAUGUCAUGACUAUGAUGUUUGACAACACCAAGCAGGCGAUGAAGUUCAACAACUUGUGCGAGUUUGCCC